AUGGACAAGGAGAUCUUCUUCGAUCCCAAGCUCACCCGGGACGACCGGCUCGUCCUCGAGAGCCUGGCCCAGGACAUCCGGGUUCAGGAGAGCCGCCGCAACACCAAGAGCUCAGCGGCAACAUCAAAGGCGGCCAAGCCCACAGGCAGCGAUGAAGAGGCCCUGGUGGCCCUCAUGGAGAGCACCAACACCCCUGGGACCGCCGACUUUGAGCCCACCGUCUUCACGAGCUGGGACUAUGCCGACAUUGACUGGAAGAAGCCCUUCAACGCCUGGGUGCUCGCCCCCUAUGUCCGCGUCGCGCGCGGCAUCGUCCGCAAGGAGACGGACGUGGUCAUGCUCACGCACAUUCUGCUCUACUUCACGACAUCGGUGCCCAGCGCGCUAGCCCUCUUCUUCUGGCACUUCAGCUGGCUGCACGGCAUUGCCCACUUUGUCAUGCAGGCAACCUUUGUCGGCACGUACACGCUCAUGAUGCACCAGCACAUUCACAUGCGCGGCGUGCUGGCCAAGCGGUGGGCCCUGUUCGACGGCCUGUUUCCGUACAUUACGGAUCCGCUGAUGGGCCACACCUGGAACACGUACUACUAUCACCACGUGAAGCAUCACCACAUUGAGGGCAACGGGCCCAACGACCUCUCGUCAACCCUCCGCUUCCAGCGCGACAGCCUCCCGCACUUCCUCAUGUACCUGGGCCGGUUCUACUUCUUCAUCUGGUUCGAUCUGCCCUUGUACUUUAUGCGCACACGCAAGUAUGUUCUUGCGGGCAAGGCGUUCUUCUGGGAGAUGGCCAACUACUCCUUCUUUGUGACGCUGUUCCGCAUCAACCCCAGGGCGACCUUUUGCGUGUUCCUCAUGCCGUUCUUCCUGAUGCGGCUGGGUCUGAUGGUGGGCAACUGGGCGCAGCACGCUUUUGUCGACCACGAUGAGCCGGACUCGGAUUAUCGCUCGAGCAUCACCCUGGUUGAUGUCCAGAGCAACCGCCACUCUUACAACGACGGUUACCACACCUCGCACCACCUCAACCCGCUGCGGCACUGGCGCGACCACCCCAAGUCCUUCCUCAAGGGCAAGGAGCAGUACGCCACACAGGGUGCCCUGGUCUUCCACAACAUCGACUACAUGGUCCUCACGGUCCGCCUGCUCAUGAAGGACUACAAGACGCUCGCGAAGUGUCUGGUGCCCAUCGGAGCCGAGCAGAUUGCCAUGACCAUGGACGAGCGUGCGGCGUUUCUGAAAGAUCACACGCGGCAGUUCACCGAGGAGGAGAUUGCCCGCAAGUUCAACGUCAAGGGCGGCGCUUCCGCAACAACGAUGGCGAAAUGA